AUGACCCAAGGGCUCUUCACGUCUGAACUUGGUAUCCGAGGUGACGGUUCAAACGGCAAUCCCAAGGCCACCCGUACGAUUUCCUUGACCGACUUUCAUCGAAGAAACAUCUAUGGAGAAUACCAGCGUCUUCCCCGUCCCAUCCUGCCACGAAGAAAUGCAGGGAUAUACUUAGCCCCGAGAGCUCCCGAUGCCACCGUCACGGCCAGUGUUGUCGAGGUCAAUCUCAAUGAUGGAACUUCGAUCUCCAAACUGACCGAGGUUCCUGCUGCAACGACGGGCGCCGUCGUGUCUUUGUCAGAAGUCGGUUCUUUGACCAUUCCUGGAGCAGCAGCUGCUAGCAGUGUGCUUGACUCCAGCAGCACCGAUUCGUCUCAGGAAACGAUCACCACACCUCCGCCAACACCUUCACCAUCCGACAGCACUGUGACCACCACACCGCUGAGUUCGACUACAUCCUUCCUGUCUUCAACGUCAAACAACACCACUACAUUUCUCGACACCGCCACAAGCCAGCAAAAUACCGUGACUGUCACAGCGACGUCCACGUUUGAGGUCUCCUUUAUUAAUGGCACUGUUAUUGCAGUCGGAUCCACUUCCCUCUUGUCAGCUCCAGAAACGAGCACUAUUCAAACUACGACGAGCUUGUCUAGCAGCGAUUCUGCCACCUUCACUUUUGGCCAACCGGUGACAACGUCGUCUUCGUCAUUUGGAGACUCGGGAACAACAGCCAACAGCGCGGCAGGGACUUCUGGAUCCUUCACUGGCGUCGCAGGUGCUGGACCAGCAGGCUCACCCACAACGUCAUCUGGAUCUGCAGCAACAUCAGACUCCGAUGCUGGAUCUGGGUCUGGUGGAAAUAGCCCAGGCUUGACACCUACACAACAACAGGUGGUGGGAGGCGUUGUCGGGGGUGUGGCGGGUGUGGCGGUGAUCCUGAUCAUUUUGCUCGUGGUUCUUCGCUGGUAUCGUCGGCGAAUGAAGGCACUUGGCCAACUGCCCGAACAGCGAGCUGCGAGAGAACUCACCGGCGAUGCCGGAAACUCGUACCCUAUGUCGCAGUCGCAGCGAUCCUCUACCGUCCCACUUGCUGCUGCAGUCACCAAUAGCCUCAAACGUCUGCGCCCCCAUAGCAACCAGACCUUGGCCACCACCGCCACUGGAGCUACUGAACCCAACGUCAGAGAUUCGGAGCGGGGCUUCCAACGCAUCGCCGGUAGGAAAAUCGCUCCAGUGCUCAGCAGUGGGGGGGAUCCUUAUGGAGGCAAUUAUGGUGCGUUUGAGAAGGAUGCUGUGGCCGGGCCUGGGGAUCCGUUGAACAACCCCGAAAGGGGUCUUUCAGGGGCAUCGUUCUAUCGCGACAGUGAGGGAUUUUACGGAGGGAAAGGAAGCCACUCACCCACAUUUCCCCCCUCGCCGACUACUGCAGCGACGGGUGGUUGGAAUAGAGAAGGAGGAAUGCAUGGAGAUGAUGGACUUAACACAAGGGAUUUUGCCGACCCUCGAAAUAUGGCCGUCCCGAAUACCAGUCAGAUAUCUCUGGCCACGCCCAGCCGCCCUGAAGGGUAUGCAGUGAUGCGACCUAGUCCAGCUCGAACUCCGGUCACGCUCAGUCCUGCUGCAAGUUCCAUCCGGUUGCCUAUUCAACAACCUCCGAUCAUGGCUGAAGACGUGCCUCCACUUCCCAGCGGCGGACUGAUGCCCGGGUCGACACAUGGAGACGGAGUGGGGAGAAGUCUUGCUAGCCUUGACGGUAGCAGGGUGAGCCGCAGUAGCGGACGCAGUGGCGGCAGGUUCAUGGAGAAUAUGUGA